AUGGUGCAAGUUGUCAACUACGAGGAGGACUUCAACCACGAGCUGCAAUCCUUCCUCAACGAGACCCGCAUCACCCCGCUGGGCUUCGAUUACCACGUAGCCGCCAUCAUGGGGCCGCAAUCCUCUGGCAAGUCCACCCUCCUCAACCUUCUCUUCGGCACCAAGUUCCGUACCAUGGAUGAGAGCAGCGGCCGCUACCAGGUCACGCAAGGCGUCUGGCUCGGCCGCGACGCCGACGCGGGCAUCAUCGUCAUGGACUUGGAAGGCACGGACAGCCGCGAGCGCGGCGAGGAGGCCGCCAAUUACGAGCGCAAGAGCGCCCUCUUCGCCCUCGCCCUCGCAGAAGUCCUCAUCGUCAACGUCUGGGCUCAGGAUGUGGGAAGGUACAACGCCGCGAAUAUGUCCCUGCUGAAGACCGUCAUGGAGCUUGAUUUGCAGCUCUUCUUCGGGGGAGCGGCAGCGGUCCCACCGGAGGGCGCCGAGCACAAGGAUAGGAUUUCCGAAGGGGGAAAGCCCCGUAUGCACAAAACAAGGCUACUGUUUGUUCUUCGAGACCAUGUGUCGUCGCCGUUCGAGACCCUAUGCAAUACUCUGAGAACGGACGUCGACAAUAUAUGGAACACGAUUUCUAAGCCGGACGCCGCCAGGGAUACCCCGAUCACUAACUAUUUUGACAUUGACUUUUUCGCCCUCCCGCACAAAGUCCUCAUGGCUGACAUGUUCCAGUCAAAGGGCGCGGAGCUGCGGAGAAGGUUCCAUGAAAAUGAAGUCUUCUUGGAGGAAUACAGCCGCGGAGUGGCUGCUGAUGGCUUUGCGGCAUAUGCAGAGGGAGUCUGGGAGACAAUUCGCGCCAAUCGAGAGCUGGACAUUCCGUCCCAAAAGGAAAUGCUUGCGCAUGUAAGGUGCGAGCAAAUUGCGAAAGAGGCCACGCUACAGGUGGACGAGACUCUGGCACCGAUGAAGGCUAAGUUGCUGCCCUCUGACGGUAGCCCUGCCGACGUCGUUGCUGAGUUGUUCCCGACGCUUCUCGCUGCAAGCGACACCGCCGUGGAAUCCUACGAGGCUUCGGCAUUCCGGUACUCGGCGACAGUGGCAGAGGUGAAGGGGUCGGAUAUGAGGGCGAAAAUUGGAGGGGAUUGCAAGGCUCUUUUCGAUGCCCAAGUGGCCCUCGCGUCCGAUUUGGCUGUCAGCAGUUUCCGAUCGCAGGUGUCUGCCUCGCCUGUAGCCUCCACGCCGACGGCCUCGAAGCCGUGGAAGAAUUGGGGUGCAGUGUCUAAAGGGGCACUGGACGAAGCAUUGAAGAAAUUUGAUGAGCUUUCUGCGACGGAUUCGUUAAGCGCGAGUGCUGACAAGAUCAGCGGAGCCCACCCCUUGUCGUUUGCUAUCGCGACGUCUUCGGGCGUGAGAAGACGGUUAUGUGCUACAUUAGAUACGGAGAUGGAGCGAGCAACGGCGGACGUCGUGUCAACCGCACGAACGUCCUGCCUCAAGACGUUCCAGGACGCCUUCAAGCCUCCUUUGAACACGGUACUGGAGCUCGCGUCAACAGAUGUAUGGGAUAGAGCCUCCGAAGUAGGGAAUACUGCGUGGGAAGUAACGGAGAAAGAGGCGCGGAAGGUAUACGGCGAAACCGGUCUUGGAUUUACCGCAGAGAGAACAGAGGAUGCUGUACAGGACGACAUCAAACCGAUGUGUUACGAGAAGGCAUUGACCGACAUCAAGGACGCCGUCGGCACGCCGAGCAAUUUUCUGCUACGAAUGACCAAGCGAUUUGAUGACGAGUUUCGGUUUGACGAGCGCGGGGUUCCGCGACACUUCGGACCGACGGAGGACAUCGAGGCACUGUUCGUGGCGGCACGCGAGAAAGGCGAGGAACUAAUCGAUCUGCUCGGUGAGGUGAAAUUAACAGGCUCCCUGACUACGCUCCGGACAAGUUCGCGGUCGAUCGAUGACAGUGUCGCAGAGCCUGUGAUUCUGGCCGAGCAUUUAAAAGCCGAUCUGCGAGAACAGCUGAAGCGACAAGCCGGGGCCGUUUUCAUGGAGGCCAAGCGCGCACAGGAGGCAGCCAAGGUGACGACGAAAGUUCCUUUGUGGCUGUUCGGGCUGCUGGUGAUUCUGGGGUGGAACGAGAUCAUGAUCGUGCUUCGAAACCCAGUAUUAUUGCUGCUGACGGUCAUCAUCCUUCCCGUUCUGUACAUGGGCUACACGCUGGAUGCGCCGACGCUGCUCGGGCCCGCCGUGCGCGCCACGCUGAAUCCAUUGCUCGAGCAGGCUAAGACGAUGUUGGAACAGGCAACGGCACCGGAGGCGUCUGUGCCGACGACAUCGGGCCUUUCGGGCUUGAGUAGUGCGUCUUCUAGCACGACGGUGAUGUCGGGUAACGAAGCGCUGCACAAAGACUGA